GGUUGACCAUGUAUAAGUGUUGCAUAUUGACAGGGAACUGAUUGUCGAAGAACGAGAUGGCGGGCGAUGAACUCGAUCAAGCCGAUGGCGCGGGCCAACGGUCGGUUACGUUGGGUCAACUGGUUGCUUUACUGGAUGGGCGCGCGGUGACGAGAUCCAACAUCCCGAAGGUUCGGAUCUUCCACUUCAAAGGAGAUAAGGUGUCAGAGUGGCUUGAGUUGCUCGAGCAAAUUACUGACGAGAUGACGGAAGAAGAAAAAUUUCGUCAAAUCUCUAAGUACGUCUGGUGGGAGAUGCGGCCGGAAGUUAUACGGGUAGCAACUGAGGCCGCACGAAGUUGGGGGAACUUUAAGGCCGAAAUGCAGAGGCGGUAUCAGUUGGGAGAUGGCCUCCUUACGACGGAGGACUUGGAAAGGCUAGAGAGGUCUGAUUUCACGAUGGUAGGUGCCUUCGCAACGACAUUCGAGAAGAUGGCGAGGAAGGUUCCAGGGUUGGCCGAGGAGUCCCAAUGUGCCAUCUUCCUAAGCAACUUCACGGAAUGCGAGAGUGUUUCCCUGACCAGAAGAGGGGCCAUAGGGAGGAAGUUGACUUGGGAGACAGUGAAGCAAAGCUUGGAAGAUGGGGAGUUGGACCAGGUAUACAAGUUUCAGAUGAAACAACAACGGCAGAAGCGAAAGGCCCGACUUGUCACUGAAGGAGCAAGUAUCAACCUUCAACAGCUUAUUUCGGAUGGAAUAUCCAAGUAUCAAGCCGACCAACAGAAAGCGGUUGGGAAUCGGGUUUUGACAGUAACUCAGCCUCAGGCAAAAGCUACGAAGAAGGUAGUUGAGCAGGUGGAAGACGAUGAUGACGAUGAAGAGGAAGAACCGGUAAAGCUGGCGAAAAGUCAGAGGAAGGCGCGGAACCAGGCCGCAGGUGGCCAAGGUUCCGGGAAUAAUGUAGGAGUACAGGCCGCUGCGCCGGCUCAAGUAAACGCGAAUCAGGCGUGGACCACGCGUACCCCCUAUGCUACAGCAUAUGAGAAACGCCCUCGGCUGGGCCACCUCCACGAUUGAAAGUAAAAGCUUUCGCGUGUG